CGGUCCUACACACAUAGAAAGAAGCCCUGCUGGUUCAAGUGAGGAUAGGGCCCGUCCCGAUCUGAACUCAACGUUACAAAUACGAGCUGCGCUUUUCCAAGUGGAGCAGAGUGGAGGUGCGCCACCAGGACCGUAAUAUGAAGUAACAGCCGCGAGGAUCCGCAGUGUGAACCAGCGCGAGGCAGAGCAGCUGAUUCCAUUACCGGACAGGGAAACGCGACUAACCCGAGUUUUAUUUACAGGUAGCACUGUUGCUGCAUCCUGAGACGCACAACACAGCAGAGCAGGACUCAAAGCGACUCAUCCGACCCCGGACAGGAGUGAUGUUUGAGGAGGAGUCGCAGCAGAUGAGGGGGCAGCAGGAAGUGGCCGUGCUUCAGCCUCUUGAAUCCCCUGGAAGUCCAGAUGGAAGCAAUGCUGGAGGUCCCAUGUCCUUCACCGAUGAGGCCGUGUCCAUCCUGACCUCCAGCAGCAUGUUGGCCCGGUCCCUCCUGGGUCGAUCCUCGGCCGUCAAGCGCAAAGAGAGCCCGUCGUCCAGCAUCCGACGCAAGCGUGAGUUCAUCCCCGUCGACAAGAAGGACGAUGGCUACUGGGACAAGAGGAGGAAGAACAACGAGGCGGCGAAGCGGUCGAGGGAGAAGCGUCGCGUCAACGACAUGGUUCUGGAGAGCCGUGUUCUGGCUCUGCUGGAGGAAAACGCUCGACUCAGAGCCGAACUGUUGGCACUGAAGUUCCGCUUCGGCUUGGUCAAAGACCCGUCCAACGCCAAUAUCCUGCCCCUCUGCGCAGCUCCUCACCACGCCGCUCAGACCUCAAAUCCUCAGUACUACCUCCACCGAGGAGAUGGUUCCUCAUCCUCUCAUCCCAACAACCACCUGCGGGCCUCCAGGGAAGCCGGAAACAUGUCCGAGGACUCCGGGUUCUCCACGCCAGAAGGGUCCAGCGUAGGCAGUCCGAUCUUCUUCGAGGACCGGCUGAGCGAACACGAGAAGUUAUCCCCGCACGGCGGCGAGGAGCUGGGCUACGACCUCCACCACUCCCCCGCUGAAGUCCACCACAUCGCAGCGCCCGUCGUGGGGAGAAUGGAGUACGCCGAGUCGAUGAAGAACCUUCCUCACAAGCUGCGGUUCAAGACGCCCGGUUGCGGGGAUGCGUACGACAUAGCGGGUGACCACAGACGAAGCCCCGUGCCACCAACUCAAGCUCUCAAAGGACUUAGUGACACGGCAACAGGCCACUGGACCCAGCAGCUGGAGGGGGAGGACGGCAGGAAGGGGAGUCAAUUCAACCCCACCUCCACCAGCUACAGCCUCCAGCCACCUCACACGCAACCUGAGGUGCAGUACAAACACGAGAACACUCACCUGAAGACGCAGCUCAACUCUCUGAGCAUGGAGGUGGCGCAGCUGAAGAAGCUUUUCGCAGAGCAGCUCAUGGCCAAAGUCAACUGAAAACUGGGAGGGUGGAGACUUUUAGAGGAGACUGGUUUUGUUCCUAAGGCUGGGCGACAUGUAGAAAAUAAAACACCACGAUAUUUCUGAUCACAUACCUCAACGUAGUAGGGUUGGCUAUUGGUGCUUUCACAAAAUAUUCCAGAUUUUUCACAAUUAAUCGUCAGUGAUUUGCAUAUAAGAGGGUAAAAAUCUAAAAACAGUGGGAAAGUUUUAAAAAUUAAACCUUAAAGCAAUCUUUGAACCAGGAGAGACAUUUACAGACGUUCAAAUAGGAUUGCGAUGUUAGGAAAUCCACAAUUUAGUAUCACCAUAUCAAUUUAAAUUUGACUUAUCGCCCCGCCUUAGUCAAACCAUGCUGGUGUUGACUCUUUGACAUUUUUAAAUACUGUAUUAUAUUGUAUAGCAAGUCUUUAACACAUCUCAUAACCUGCUGUUUAACUUCUUAAUCUCACCGAUACAUGUCUUAUAUCUGUAGUAGUGUUUCAUAGUUUCCAUACACUGUGAUGCAACAUUACACUGUUUACAUCACGUUAUGAGGACACAACACUCUCUGGGGGUUCACAGUGGAGUGUGUACAGGGUUAGAACCUGUAAACACACAGGAAUAAACAUAUGAACUGCCUAAACCUCCUCUUAGCGUUCACAGGAAGGUUUGUUGGGUGUCUCGUCGCUCACCGUGUGUCACAAAGAGAAAGAUACCGUGCUGUUUUGGUGUUCCACGUCUCACUUGUUUCUCUGUUUGAAAUUCUUCCACACUGCCAUGUUUACUGUGUGAUUUAAUGUCUGCUGUCUUUCUGUACAUUUUCAUAUUCAAAAUAAAAUACAUUUGACAGACA